GAGAGAGAGAGAGAGAGAGAGAGCCGGGGAUGAGGAUGGAGGCAGAAAUGAACAGAGCGAAGAGAUAUGCUCAACACUCUCGCGAUUGAUCAGGAGGCAGGUGCUGGGUGGACGCGCGGUGGGACCCGACAAGCUCCAGCAUCUGACCAAACGAACUUCUGAUUCGCGCCAGUCCGGUCUCGACGUCAUCGAUCGUCGGUUCUUCUUUCGUUCUCUUCGAAGCUUUGCGCGUUUCCGCGGGAUCUCCGCCGACUCCGUCGCCUUUAAAUCGGUCCUCCGGCUCAUUCGCCGCAGUUUGAAGCUGCACCGCGCGGAAGGAGGCUGAUCAUGAAUGUAAAACACAUCAGGUCCGUCGUAUAAUGGGCAUCGAGGACGCGAGCAUGAGGAACGGACGGGCUCUGUCCGAUCAGUGGGCCGACAGCGUGGUGGUCCGGCCCCGGACGACCGAGCAGCACAUCACGGUGAACAAGAGGCUCGUGCUGGGCUUCGCCAUCUCCAUCCUCACCCUCAUCGUCGUCACGGCCAUCGCCAUAACGCUGAGCGUCAGCUUCGAGAGAUGCGCCGCGGAGAGCAGCGGGGCUCUGGCCGCGAACGGCUCCAGCAACAGCAAGUGGAAACAGUCCCGGGACGCUAACAUCAGUCACAGAGACUCGGAGGACGGCCAGCAGCCCUGGAGACACCUGCGCUUACCGGCCACCCUGCGCCCGCGCCACUACGACCUCCGCCUGACCGCGUCCAUGGAGAACUUCACCUUCUCCGGGGAGGUGCGCGUCGAGUUUGAGUGCGUUCAGUCCACGAAGCUGAUCGUGCUGCACGCGGACCGGCUGGAGGUGGACAAGGUGCUGGUGUACUCGGACAGCAAGAAAGCGGGCGCCAUGAGGAUCCAGCGCCGCUUCCACUACCAGCCCAAGCAGGUGUAUGUGAUCGCGCUGCACAGAGAGAUGAAGCCCCUCAGAACAUACAAGAUCAACAUCACUUUCCACGCGCACAUCGAGCACGAGCUCCUGGGCUUCUUCCGCAGCUCCUAUGUGCUGAACGGAGAAAGAAGGUUUCUGGCGGUGACGCAGUUCUCCCCGACUCACGCUAGAAAGGCUUUCCCGUGUUUCGACGAGCCCAUCUACAAAGCCACGUUCAGAGUGAGUCUGAAACACGAGAGCUCGUAUCAGUCGCUCUCUAACAUGCCGGUGGAGGCCUCGACGUCUGACGAGGACGGAUGGGUGACCAGCCACUUCUCCAGGACGCCCCGCAUGUCCACGUACUACCUGGCCUGGGCCGUGUGCAACUUCACCUACAGAGAAGCAGUUACAGACAGUGGAGUUGUGAUUCGGCUGUACGCCAGGCCUGACGCCAUCCAGAGCGGAUCGGGGGACUACGCUCUGCACAUCACCAAGAGACUCCUUCAGUUUUACCAGGAUUACUUCAAAGUCAAAUAUUCCCUCCCUAAAUUAGGCCGAAGGCGAUGUCACAGACCCUGCGUCUCUUCAUCUAUCAGCCUCUUUCUGAAACCUACAGCCCUCUGGUCUCCAUCGAUUCUGCCCAUCAUUUCUGCUCGCCUCCUGCUGAGACUCGAACCUGAAGCUGGGGCAGAGAUGGAGAUUCAGAACAGCGAGGAGGAACUCUGCUGUUUCCUUUCAGGAGAUUAAAAGGGAAGUUUGCUGAUGGUUGAGGGAUGCAGACAUCAGAUUAUACUGAAAAAAUACAGCAGGGGAACACGGCUGUGAUGUUUCUGGCAGCUUGUGAUGUCAGCUGAGUUUGGUGUCCCGUGUAAUCUUUUCCCCAGUGUGAGCGGCGUUUCUUUUCCCCCAUAAUCCUCAGCUACGGCUAGGACUGAUAUAUUCUGGCUGUACUGCAGGUGU